UUUCAAAUUUUUCGAAGCUUUCAGAUUAUUUUAAAGAUACACUCGGUUUGUUUUUAGAAAAAUCUAACAAUAAAAAUAAUGCAUUUUAUUAAAUGCAUGCAUUAUCUAUAUGAGAGUAUCCGAAUGUACACUUAUCUGUCAACCAUAAAAAAGUCAGAUUGUCAGUUGUCAAAGUCGCCAUUUUAUUUUGUCUGUCGCUCAGGUUAUUGGGCUGUACAUUAUGUGGUCGUACAUUAACCGAACUCUAUAAGAUUUGUGAUUUGUUUUAUUCCAAUUUUUGCAUACUUUAUUAUUUCAUUGCGAAAGUUUACAUAACUUACAUUAGUAAAAGCAUCGAAGGCUACUAGUAUAUAUAUAUAUUUUUAUUUCUUACAAAUCCUAAUUUGUUGUUUUUCGUGCGUGAGCGUUCCUUCCUUGGACGCGUAUUGUUUUAUUACACCUGGUUGUCGUUCCUAUCAGAAGUAGCACGAAGACAGGAUGUCUUCGGAGCCAGUUUUCGUAAAAGUGGAGUGUGAGUUGGAUACGCAAGAAUGUAAUGUGAAAAAAGAGGAGCCGAGUUCUGAGGAACCCCAGCCCAUUAACCAAUACUUAUUAGAUGUACAUGUCAACAUGGAACCAUCAUAUCGAAUCAAGGAGGCUGAAGAAGUGGAGCGUGACUGGGACAACAGUAUAGAAACCUGCAAUGUGAAGAAAGUGAUGGAGUUAAGUCCCAAGGUGCCUGGACCCAGUGAUAUGGAUUAUUUGUACAAUGUACAUAUUAAAGAGGAACCAGAUCUGAUAGUAAUCAAAGAGGACUCUGAGCCACACAGCAGCAACCCACAUGGGGCAGCCGAGAGUGAAGACUGUGACUUGUACAUGAACCACAAAGCUGAGGAUGGGUCGUCUCAUGGGUCAGCGUUUAAAGGGGCACAGAUAAAAACUGAGAAUUUUCCAUCACAAGGCUGGCGUUGCUCGGUGAAGCUGGAGCGUAUGCAGGUGGACGCGGCGCGCCGCACGUGCCGGGUCGGGCGCCGCACCUACACGCUGCACCGGCCGACCUUCUUCUGCGACUUCUGUGGCUCGUCAUUCCAAGACAAACAGCUUCUCGUAGACCACGAGAAAACAGAACACGGUGCCACGAGUUUCAUGUGCAACAAAUGUGAAUUUACUACUAUCAACAGGACGGUUAUGAAGGCUCACAUCCGUAAACACAACGCGACUCGACUGUUCCGCUGUGGUGUCUGUAGCUACUCCAGCUUAUUAAGAACGGCUGUGCGCCGUCAUCGAAAAACGCAUAGUGUAGAAUCUUUCAAGUGCAGGUACUGUGACUUCACAUGUGGUAAUAAAAAUUAUUUCGCACUACACGAGAAAAUGCACACUGGUGCAAAGCUGACCCUUAGAUGUGAUCACUGUGAUUUUAGUUCCGUUCUAAAACCUAACUUGGAAAGACAUAUGUUGUUGCACAUGGGUAUUAAACCGUUUAAGUGUAGCAAUUGCAAUGUCGCGUGUAGUUCGAAAACAGAUUUACGAAUUCAUCAGAGAAUACACACGGGGGAGAGGCCGUUCAAAUGUAACCUCUGUAAUUUUUCAAGCACUACAAAAACGAGCUUACGUUAUCACCUAAUGCGGCACACCGGGGACAUGCCUUAUAAAUGUGAUUAUUGUGACUACAAAUGUUGUAAAAAACAAAGGUUGAAAAGACAUUUGAUGACGCACAAUGACUUAAAGCCAUUUAAAUGCGGUCAAUGUGAUUACCGGUGCAGUCAGAAAGCAAACUUAAAAAGACACCAGUUGAGACACACUGGUGGAAAGCCUUACAAAUGUAGUCAAUGUAACUACACAGCCCGGUAUCACAGCAGUGUACUAAGACAUCAAAAAACAUUGCAUUAUGGUGAAAACAGUAUAGUGCAUAAAUCGGACUUAAAAAUUCAUCAAGAAUCUCACGUCAGUAAACACAGAAGUGAAAAAUCUUUAAAAUGCACUUACUGUGAUUUCUUUUGCCAACGGAAGUUUAACUUCCAAAGACAUAUAAGAAGGUGCCACAAUGAGAAACUUGAGAAGUUAUAUAAAUGUACCGAUUGCGAGUACACUACUGAUUUUUCCUGUAACCUAAAAAUACACCAGCUGGUUCAUGCAGGGGAUGAGCUUGACAAAGACAAGCCAUUGAAAUGUACGCAUUGUAAAUACAGGUGUAGUAAGGAAGCAAAUAUGCAAGUACACAUCAUGACACAUACAGAUGAAAAGCCUCUAAAAUGUAGCUACUGUGACUACACAUGCCGUGCCAACAAAGCUCUGCUAAAGCAUUUGGUGAAACAUGGAGUAAAGCCUUUUAAAUGCAAAUGGUGCGACUUCACAUGUGAUUCAUGGACAAUCUUACAAAAUCAUAAAGUCGUGCACGCUGGUGAAAAGCGAUAUAAAUGUAGCGUUUGUGAUUAUGCAUGUACUCGCUCAUCAGGACUAACAUCACACAAGGUAGUACACAGUGGGGAGAAGUCAUAUGCAUGUAAUAUCUGCAAUUACAAGACUGUUCGGAGAUCAAGCUUAAACCGUCACCUGGCAACACAUACUGAUUAUAAGCCUUUCAAAUGUAGUUAUUGUGAUCACUCUUGCAGGCAUGCAUAUUUACUACGUCGGCACGAGGCAUUGCACAAAAAGGAAACGAUGAAUGUAGCAAGUGAUGAAACAAUUUUGAGCCUCCAGGCGCCGGUCUCGCCCUUACAAGAACAGCAAGAGAUAGUUGUGAAACAGGAAAACGUAUGAGCUGUAAUCCUUUAAGGCUGUGGUUGUCUCAUUGUAUCGGAAGAUAGAAAAAUCUCUAAGGAACCUGUAUUUUUUAAAUACCUAAAUAAUAAACCUUUGUUAAAUACGCUAGUAAUUAAAAAUAAAACGUCAUUUUCAUGGUCUGCUACCAAAACGAAUUAUUAGAAAGAUGUGUAUAUAUAUGUGUGUAUGCGUGCGUACAUGUCGGCUUUUCUCCAGGCUUUAUAAAAUUUGUUGAAAUAAUGUUUAUUUAUACUUAUAAAAAAAAAUACUAAAUAUAUUUUUGUUAAAAUAUGUUCAUUUUCAAGGUGCUUUUAAUACUGUCUGAACUAGUUCUUCAUAUUUUAUAUAAAAUAGUUGAGAUCACGAGGCCAAAAACGAGAUGGCGAGACGACCUGGACUCAUUUCGUGGCGACUGGCGGGAGCAUGCACAAAGCCGUGACGAGUGGCGGAAAACAGGGGAGGCCUUUGCCCAGCAGUGGGACACAAUGUAGGCUAUCAAAAAAAAGUUGAAUAGACUGAAAUAGAUGUCAAAUACUGAAGAUAAAGUGACUGAACUCUUUAGGCCCUCCAGAGGCCGAGGCUGGAAUCGAAACUGCGUUUUAAGUUUAGGUGGUUAACGCCAAGAUGAAUAAGAUGAUAAUGUAGUUUUUUCUUUAGUGCCAUGUAGUUUUUUCUUUAGAUUAUAAUGUAUAUAUUUACUUAGUUGCGUGACUACUUAAAACCGCAAAUCAAACUCCAUACUAAUAUUUUAAACGCAAAAGUGUCUGCCUGUUAAUACCUCUUCACGCUUAAACCGAUUUAGUUAAAUUUGAAAUAAAUUGAGUCCCAGAGGACAUAGGAUAAUUUUUAUCAAUUAUUUAUUUUUAUUCACUAUCUGAAGGUUGUCUGGAAGAGGUCGCUGUUUAGCGAUAAGUCCGCCUGUUGUUGCCUACCAAUUUAUAUCCUUUCUCAAUUCUUUUUUUUAUGUAGUGUGUAAUAAAUAAUUUUAUCAUUAUGUUUAUCAUUCCACGCAAACGUAGUACUGGCAAAAGCUUGUAUUCAAUAAAAAUAAUUUUAUUUGAUAAAUAUUUGUGAUUAAAAAGAUUUAAUUUUUAUGCAGG